AGUGUUACUGAGUGCAUAGCAACUCUCUGAAGUCAGUCCUGCAGUUUUCUCUCUUUUACAGAUAAAGAGCUGAGGCUUUUAAGUUAGGUGACCCAGGACCACUAAGUACUAAGUGGCAGUCAACUUGUCAAGAUCCAUCUUGCACCAAAGCUCUUGUCUUUAUACUAUGGCUAGUCACUUUUCCACACAUCGACAGCAGAGGGCCUGAGAGGGCAGGAACCACGGUCAUUCCACUUCCUAUUUUAGUCUAGAUACUUUUCUACAUUAUAUCCUCUCAAUAAUGUGUUUAUUAUGAUGCAUGUUCUCAAGCAACACUGACCUGUGUACAGUCAGGUACUGUACUAAAUUGAUGUAAAAAUUAUUGGAUUGUUUAGCUUUGAGGGAGAUUAGGGUUUAGAUUUUUUUUAAUGGAAUUAUCGAGCACUUGAUUUAGUAUUUCAAUGAAGCAGACUCCUAUGAAGAAGUCUGUCUCCCAUGUGCUAUUAAAAAUUGACUGUCUAUUUUUCCUCUUAGAGGAGUCAGAGGCUACAGCCUGACCUCAUGGAGAAAACAGCCACCAAGGAUCUCUCCAGGAUCGUUUUUAGUUCUUUAAUUUUGGCAAGCACACAUUUUUAAAACAGAUUAAAUUUGUCUGAUUUAUUUUAGAAGUAUGUAUUUCAAAGCACAGGGAGGCUCCAAACCCACAAAGCAGAGCUGGGGAGGUUUCGUGGAGAGCCGUUCAGGAGGCUGGCUGUGGAGAAUUAGUAAAAGGUUGAAGCAUGCAUGGAUAAAAUGUAUCGUCUUAAAGGAUUGCAGCUCCAAAAAUACAUCAGCAGGACUGGGCAGGUCUGACAUAAUGAGCUUCCUAUUUUAGCUUCACUUCUGGAACUCUGAAGAACUAUAAAUUGAGCCACACAAGACCCGAGGAAGGAGGUGCCUCUUUUAGUCGCAUAUAGAAUUUUCUUCAGGCUCUGAAAAGAUAUGUCUAGUUGUUGGUUUCCUAAAGAAUUAGACUGUUGAUACCUACCACCUUUAAUACAGGAAAUGACAGAUUGGAAGCCCUGGUCCAUACCGUCCUGAAAACCGAAUUUGGUUACAGAAACUCGUACCCGGAGGUCAGAGACGAGGUGCUCACAUCUGCAGCUGCGAUGGCAGAGGCUCCUGUGGAUGCCGUGACUCAGCCAGUAACAGUGAAGAAAAAGAAGAGUCUCUCCAUUGAGGAAAAGAUUGACAUCAUCAACGCAGUGGAAAGUGGCAAGAAGAAGGCAGAGAUCGCAGCUGAGUAUGGAAUAAAGAAAAAUUCAUUGUCUUCCAUUAUGAAAAACAAAGACAAAGUUCUGGAAGCCUUUGAAUCUUUGCGAUUUGAUCCGAAGAGAAAAAGGCUGAGGACGGCAUUUUAUACGGAUCUGGAAGAGGCAUUGAUGAGAUGGUAUCGGAUUGCCCAGUGUCUCAAUGUUCCAGUUAAUGGUCCAAUGUUGCGUCUAAAAGCCAAUGAUUUUGCCCAGAAGCUGGGACACAGUGAUUUUAAGUGCAGCAAUGGUUGGCUGGAUCGUUUUAAGUCCAGGUAUGGCUUAGUAUUCCGAGCACAACCUGUAGAAGCCACGGGUAUAUCUAUAGACCCUGCCACUGUCUGGUACCAAAAUGUGCUUCCUUACUAUUUAAAUGAUUAUCAUCCUAAAAACGUCUUCAAUGUCAAAGAGACUGGGCUGCUUUAUCGAAUGUUACCUACAAAUACAUUUGCAUUUAAAGGAGAAACCUGUUCAAUUGGAAAGCUGUGCAAAGACAGGAUAACGCUGGCAGUAGGUUCAAAUAUGGACGGCACAGAGAAGCUUCCCUUGCUUAUUAUCGGGAAAAACCGAACUCCACAUUGUUUCAAAGGUAUCAAAUCACUGCCGGUGUAUUAUGAGGCUAACAAAAUGGCAUGGAUGACUGCAGCCAUAUUUGAACAGUGGAUGCAGAAGCUUGAUGAGAAAUUUCAAGCCCAGCAACGAAGAGUGGUGAUUUUUGUUGAUUCUUUUCCAGCACACCCAGAAGUGAAGAACCUGAAGUCCAUUGAGUUAGCAUUCUUCCCAUCGUGCUUGUCUUCCGGGUUUGUAGCCAUGAAACAAGGUGUUAUUAAGAGCCUUAAAAUCAAGUAUCGGCAUUGUCUUAUCAAGAAAUUCUUAAGUUCUGUUGAAAGUAGCAAAGAAUUUACAUUUUCUCUGCUAGAUGCUGUUGAUACACUGCAUCUCUGCUGGAGAGCUGUAACCCCAGAGACCAUUGUUAAAAGCUAUGAAGAAGCAGGAUUCAGGUCUCCACAGGGGGAAAAUGACCCGCCAAGUGCACAGAGUGACGCUGCUCUUGACCUGGCUGCCCAUGCUCUGGGGGCAGGAGUGGAGUUUCCUGAGGGCUUGUCCAUAGAGGAAUACGCUGCCCUGGAUGAGGAUCUGGAGACUUGCGAAGCCACCCCAAAUGAUGAAGCUGAGUGGACCAAAGAAAGUAAACAAGAUGAAACUGGAUUUUUUGCUUCUGAUGAAGAGGAGGAGGACAGCGGAGCUCCAGAAGUGGACCUGCCCUUACCAUCCAAGAAUGAAGCAAUGGAAGCUGUAGGCACCCUUAAAAGGUUUCUUAGAAGUCACGAUAUGAAUGACGAACUUCACAAUUCUUUAGCAGACCUUGAAAACUUUAUUAACACUUUGUCAUCUAAAUAGUCAUGUAUUGUACAUCUGCGGAGCAGGAACUUUUCCUGGUGAUCUUAUUGCACAAGGAACAUAAAAGGAAAGUGUCAAUUAAUUGAAUAAGAAAAGAGAAAGUCUAACAAUCCUUGACUUAAUUGCAGCAGCCUUUGAUUUGAAUAGCAAAGCUCCCUGGUAAAUAAUGACUAAGUGAAACUGCAGAAUUCUGCUUAGCAGGUUUGGGGAGAAUAAAACUGUCUUCAGAGGCUUUGUACUUGAAAGAGACAGGGUGUGUUUGAAAUAACUCUUCAGCUGGCUAGCUCACAUGCAUGAAGUUGCUGGUUUCUGUUUUCUUUGUUUUUAAGUUCAGAUCAUGUUCUAGAAUAUUUUAGUUUAUCUAUAUAGUUUAAGAAACAAAUAGCUUGCUUAUUUUUAUAAAGUUACACACACACACACACACACACACACACACACACACACACA